GCGGCGCUCCGCCUCUGAAAACCCUAGAACCGCGCCGCCGCGCCAUCACCGGAGAGAUGCCGCCCCCGCGUCGACGCCGUUACAAGAAGCGUCGUCGGCUGGCUGACGCCGCUCCGGUGGAGGCGGACGCCCUGAUUUCGCUGCCCGCGGACGUCCUCAACGUCAUCCUCACCCGCCUCGACCUCCGCGACGCCGUUCGUACGUCGGCGCUCUCCCGCGCCUGGCGAUACCGAUGGGAGGCCCUCCCAUCCCUCGACCUCCACUUCCCCCGCCUAAAAGACGACGAGGGAGCGCCCAAGGGGUUGAGGGCCGUCGACGGCAUCCUCCUCCGCUGCCCCGGCCGCGUCCGGCGCUUCUGCGUCUUCCUCGACGAGCCCUACGCGGCCCGCAUCCAUGACUGGCUUCUCGUCCUCUCCCGUCGGGGCGUCGAGACCCUCCACAUCAGCUCCAUCGACGGCUUCCUGGCUCUCCCCUCCUCCCUCUUCACCUGCGGCCAGCUCACCUCCCUCAGUCUCUUCAGAUGCGCCAUCCCGCCCCUACCCCCGGGCUUCCAAGGUUUACGGGAGUUAAGGAAUUUUACUCUCAUCAACGUCCGGUUACAGAAGAAGGGGGGAUACCAGCUGGAGAAGAUCAUCGCCACAUCACCCUCGCUCGAGGAGCUGACACUUUGGGAUGUGACUAUCCGAGGCAGAUUCAAAGAGUGGGUGAUUCAGGCGACCAAUCUCCGGUUCCUCAAAAUUUGUUCGGCUAAUGAUUAUGGUUGGAACCUUGGGGAUCUUCCGCGCCUCGAUUAUGCUGUAAUUGAUAUAUGGCACUAUCUAGGCGGGGAUUGUGAUUUCUCCAAAUUUCUCUCGAGGCUUGCGAACGUUACUGAGCUUUGCAUAUAUACUUGUCAUUCACCGGUACGCCCAGAUGCUCUCGCUUUAUCUGUUCUUAUAAUGAACAUCUGGGCUCAGUUUAGUACUCAUGUGUUAUUAAAUUUCCUUACAGACAAGAGACAACAUUGAGGAUUAGGCCAUGUAAAGAUUACCACUAAUUCUUAUCUUUGUUGUGCCUUACCUUCCU